UUCAAAUGCCUGAAGAAAACUCCAGUCGCGCCCCUCCAGCUCAGAAGGGUUCAGUGUCCAUUUCUGAAGUGUGUUUUUAUUUUACAUGUUGCUCGCUCUCUCGUCUUUUGGGCUCUUGUGAAACCGGGUCUAAUGAGAACUUAAAAAGGCUGCUUGUGUUUUGCUUUGAGCGAGAGUCAUAUGCUGUGUGCUGUCAGUGCUGUCAGUGCUGUCAGACAUGGACCGCAGAGUUCUUUCCAUUCAGAGUCAUGUUGUUAGGGGAUAUGUGGGAAACAAAUCGGCGUCGUUUCCUCUGCAGGUGCUUGGAUUUGAAGUGGACUCCAUAAACUCUGUGCAGUUCUCCAAUCACACAGGUUAUGAGCACUGGAAAGGCCAAGUGUUGACUGCAGAAGAAUUGCAUGUACUGUACGAGGGGAUCAAGCUUAACAAUGUGAAUCAUUACGACUAUGUUCUCACGGGGUACACUAGGGAUGAUACAUUUUUGCACAUGGUGGUGGACAUUGUACAGGAGCUGAAGAGGGCAAACCCGAACCUGGUGUAUGUGUGCGAUCCUGUACUGGGAGAUAAUGGGGCUAUGUAUGUUCCUGAGAAUUUGCUACCCAUCUACAGGGACAAAGUAGUGCCAGCUGCUGAUAUAAUCACUCCCAACCAGUUUGAAGCAGAAUUGCUCACUGGUAGAACCAUCUGUACAGAAAAAGAUGCAAUUGACGUGAUGAACUUGUUGCAUUCAAAGGGUCCAGACACAGUGGUCAUCACUAGCUCGGAUCUGCCCUCUCCUGUGGGUGAUCAAUACUUGGUUGCCCUGGGGAGCCAGAAAAGAGUAAGACCAGAUGGUACAAAAGUGACCCAACAGAUCCGUAUGGACAUCCCCAAGGUAGAUGCUGUGUUUGUGGGAACAGGAGACCUGUUUGCUGCAAUGCUGCUAGCAUGGACACACCACCACCCAAAUGAUCUGAAGACAGCCUGUGAAAAGACUGUUUCAGUCAUGCAUCAUGUCAUUAAGAGGACUAUUACUUAUGCUAAUGAAAUGGCAGGUCCCAAUCAAAAGCCCAGUCCUGCUCAACUGGAGUUGCGGAUGGUCCAGAGUAAAGCAGAUAUUGAAGAUCCUGGCAUAGUUUUGGAUGCUGUUGUAUUGUAGAACUUGCACUACGUUCUGUAGGAGACA